AUGAAAAACAAAAUACAUGAAUUCAGCUACAUAAAUUUGGAUGAAGAAAAAAGAGAAGAAAUAAAUGAUAUGCUAAAAAAUUUAAAAAAUGAAGAGAGAGAUUUGUGCUUUCCUCUGUUAGACUUUUACUUUCUCAAUAAGCAAUUUAAGUACCAAAAUCUGAGGGAAAGUCUGGAGAUAAAUAACAAUGUUAAUGAGUACAUCAAUUUAAGGCUUCUGCAGAAGGAAAUUGCCCCCAAAGAUGUAUUCUUCAAAACGGAGCAAAAAAAUAGAGAAAUGGUUGUGCACAACAAGUUGAAGAACCAAAGGGGGGAAGCUUGUCUGAAGGAGAGGAAUAACAUGAGGAGGGAUAGCCAAAGCGGAAAGCGUGUUAGUAAUCAGCACUCCACAGGGGGUGAUAUCAAAGCAGAAGCUACUACCAUGGAGAACAUGGAUCUUCCACAAGACAUACCCACCAUGUGGAAGAAAAACGACAUCAUAGGAACAUUUAACCCAGUGUACAAUGCGAGAGAUCAAAUAAUAAAUGAUAACUGUAUUGAGUCGAUUCCCACGAUUGAUAUUUUUUACAACUCCUCAAAAUUGCUUACCAUACAGACGGUGUUUGAGCCAAUCAGUAAUUAUAUAUACCUGUUACGACUGCUGCCCAAGUUUUGCCUACCGCUGUACGAUUCAGGAAUAUUGCAAUACGCAUGUGAAGACCCAAUUUUAAAUCCUAAAUUGAGAGGCUUGGAGUUAUCCUACAGAUUACUAGUGCACGACAUUUUAUUUUAUGCCUUUUUUUCAUAUUUAUCAGAUUUGCCAUUUUGGGCUAAGCCACCGAUUGAGCUUCUCCGAAUUUAUAAUUACGAAAGUUUAUACUCCUUUAAUGAUUACGAAUCAGAACACACAGAAAGGCUCGUCUUUCACAAUAUAAAAAAUAUUUUGUACAAUUUUGCAGACACGAUAAAUAAAAUUGAAUUGUUGUAUCCAAAAAAUUACUACAUUACGAUAUUUCCCAACAUUUAUUUUAAGAACAUCAUCGAGUUUUUAAAAAGUGAAAAAUUCAAGUUAAAAAAAAUUGUAGUUGUUUUGAAGGGGAAAAAUUUCAUUGAUGAAAAAAUGAUACACCACAUCAAAAGCAACCUUGAGAAUUUUAGAGGCAUGACAACGGAAAAUGUGAAAAAAGAAAUACACCACAAAUAUUUCCCCCCCAAUAAUGGCAGAAUCAAAAAUGAGGCAGUAAAAUACGACACCAAAAGUGUAAUAGAUGCCAUAAAAAGCAACGGUGAAUCGUGUGGCACAUCCCCGGAUGACACUUAUCCCAGUGAAAACAAUAAUCAUGUAGAUAAAGAAAGCCCAACGUGUAGUAAUUACAUCAUGCGGGAGGAGGAAAAACCAAUAAAUGACCCCGGGGAAGGCAUCCCAAGUGGGUCGAAGGAGUUAAGGGACACCCCCAACAGUGGCCAAAGCAGCAUCCGCAGCAGUGGAAGCAGUUGGGAGGACUUCCCCUUUGAGGAUGUCAACACAAAGGACGAAGCAGAUCAGCAAAGCAGCCAUGUUGAAAAAUACGAUGGCGAUCAAAAUGGUGAACAAUACGACCGGUUAAGCACCAUCGAACAAGAUAGCACAGAAGACAACUCCUUUAGAAAAAAAAACCCAAUCGAUAUGUCCGACAAGUACAACAUAGACACGUCCGUAUACAAUAUGUACUACCAGCAGGAGAACAACAACCAGGAGGAACAUGCUUCCAUCUUGGAGAAAAAAGAUGCCCAAAAUAGGAGGUGCAGCAACUCGUCUGAAUCGUCAUGCAGUGAAGAUGACGAAACGGAUGAUGAAAACAUUGAUGGAUUUUUUAAAACAAAAAAAUUAAAAAGCACAGUGUAUGAUAAGGAUAACUUUUCCUUUUCCAAAUUUAUGAACAAAAUUAUAAAUUACGAAAAGAUCAUUGAUUACCUGAACAACGACCCGCAACGCCAGGAAAGCGAAGACUCGAAGAUCAAGUUUUAUAUUAAAUUGUUGCUGUUCGAGAAAGCUAAUUCGCCAUAUGAUGCGAAUGGAUGGGCAAACGCGGAUGAAAGGGAAAACGCGGACGGAAGGGCAAACACAGACGGAAGGGCAAACACAGACGGAAGGGAAAACACAGCCGGAAGGGCAAACACAGACGGAAGGGCAAAUGUCAGUGAUGAAGAUCAGGUUAGAAGCACUACGGUUGUGUCGGACAAUGGGCAGAGCGACGGAGCACCACCCCGGGGGGAGGACUCCUCCAUUCGUGCUGAUGGUACAGUGUCACCUACGGAUGUCGACGAUAAUCUCUCGGAGGCGAACCAACGGACGCAAAGCGAAGGGGUCACCUCGUCUAGCGUUACCAUCUCUGCCUCUGUCCCGAACGAUACUACCAUGGGAGGAAAUAAUAACCACGCUGCUGAGAGCAGUCAGGCAUCCCUACUCAUAAACAACCAAAACGAGAACGAAACGCGCACAAAUGAAGAGGAAACAGUUUUGAACAUAACCGAAGAUGACAAUGUGGAAAUUUCGUCGGAUUAUAUCAGUAACCUGAUACGUAACUUACGCGAAACUUACGGGGCGACUAAUUUCUUAUCCUUCAGCAGCAACGAAGGGGACGUGCACGACGGAACAUUCAAUUUAGACGAUGUGCAGGAUUCGCAAACAAGGCUGACCUUUAACUUUAAUUAG